AUGACCUCCCUUCACGACUUUCUCGUCCUCCUGCUCACCUGCGCCGCCACCGCCGUCGUGGGCUCACCCUUCCCAGCCAAUUCGACUUCUACUGCCGCCUCGGAGGGGGUCGAGCCCGCUCCGUCCCACAGUUUAAGCCCCCUUGUGGGCCUCAUCGUCGGACCCGUAGUCUUGGGCGGGAUGUUAUUAACUGUUGCUGCGUUCGGGGUACGUGCUCACGGGUGGCGGGCGAUGGUCGAACCAACAUUGGUUCAAGCGAAGAAAUUCACUGUCUUCCUCAUCGGUAUCGGGCCCGGGACCGUCGACCACGUCCACUCCAGAGCCGUUGCUGCUUUGGAUGCCGUCUGCGACCGUGCUGUGGCAAUGCCCUCACCGUUGAUCGCGACUCCUGUUCCCCAUUCCGUCCGACCUAUCCCGUUGUCCUUCACCACCACUCCCAACAUCGAAGUCGUCUCUGCCAAAGACGACAAGUCCAUCGAGCUGGAUGUCACCGACAUGGGCAAGACCAUCUCCACGGACGGGACAGAGUCAGAGUACAGUGAUGACAGAGGCGAAGGGUCAUCGACCAGUUCGCAUAACCACUGA